GUCUAAACUUCUUUUAAAAAGACAGAAAUAGUAUGUCUGUCUGUCUACCAUUUGAUUUGUAUAAUAUGUAACUCGGGCUGUGAAAAAGCUAAUAGUUUAGAAAGUACAUUUCGUGAACCAUUGCUAAGAAACCCCUGUAACUUUAAGAAUCCAAUUUAUGUACUUUAUAAGUGAAUAACAAAAACAACUUCCACCAUUUCAUAUAACGGGAUAUCGGCUUACAGACUUACGUUUUCUACGUACGGCUGCACCGCCCAUGUUGUUACUAUGGCAAUUACGUCAUCAGUACCGGACCAAACACUGUGAAGGCGCGACUUCACACAGCCUUCAAAAGUCCUGUGUACACCGCUGCUAUCUCGAUUCCCUGAAGCAUUAACCAGUAUAGCUGGUGCUGCUGUCUCCGGUUCGCUGCUGUCAUGACUCAGUCAAUUGUUGUUCAAGUCGGGCAGUGUGGAAACCAGGUCGGUUGCAGAUUCUGGGAUCUGGCUCUGCGCGAGCACGCACACGUCAACAAGAGAGGAUUGUACGACGAGGCCCUCAGCAGCUUCUUCCGUAAUGUGGAUCCAAGGAAAAGUGAUGGUGGAGCCUUUUAUGUCGGAGGGAGGAUCCAACACCUGAAGGCUAGAGCAGUCUUGAUCGACAUGGAGGAGGGCGUGGUCCACGGAAUCCUGCAGGGCCCACUGAGGGAAGUGUUCGACAGCGCUCAGCUCCUCACGGACGUUUCGGGUUCAGGCAACAACUGGGCUGUUGGAAACCUGAGGUACGGCUCGGCCUACAGGGAUUCCAUAGUGAACAAACUGAGAAAGGCAGCCGAACACUGUGACUGUCUCCAGUGCUUCUUCCUCAUUCACUCAAUGGGAGGAGGCACAGGGUCCGGUCUGGGGACCAGAGUGCUCAGCCUGCUGGAGGAGGAGUUUCCUGAUGUUUGUCGCAUUGUCACUGCCAUGUAUCCAUCAGCAGAAGACGAUGUCAUCACUUCUCCCUAUAACAGUGUCCUUGCCAUGAGAGAGCUGACAGAGCAUGCAGAUUGUGUCCUGCCUGUUGAAAACCAGUCUCUGGUGGACAUCGUGAACAAGAUCAGUCUCAUGUCUCAUGAUGCAAAACCUGGGAGUGUGCUAAAGAAAGAAAGCACAGUCACCUCUGGACAGGGGGGGGUCAGUCCAACAGAGAAACCAUUUGAUGCCAUGAAUAACAUAGUAGCUAACCUGCUACUCAACAUCACCAGUUCUUCACGUUUUGAAGGUUCUCUCAACAUGGAUUUGAAUGAGAUCGCCAUGAACCUGGUCCCCUUCCCUCGUUUACACUACCUAGUGCCCAGCCUCACGCCCCUGUACACACUGGCGGAUGUCAACAUUCCUACUAGAAGAUUGGAUCAGAUGUUCAGCGAUGCCUUCAGUAAGGAGCACCAGCUGAUCCGGGCCGACCCGAAGCACAGCCUCUACUUGGCCUGUGCUCUGAUGGUCCGGGGCAACGUACAGGUGUCUGACCUCCGCAGGAACAUCGAGAGGCUGAGACCGUCGCUGCCCUUCGUGUCGUGGAAUCAGGAGGGCUGGAAGACGGGCCUGUGCUCCGUCCCCCCUGUAGGACACACCCACUCCCUGCUGGCGCUGGCCAACAACACCUGUGUGAAGCCCACCUUCAUGGAGCUGAGAGACCGCUUCACAAAACUCUACAAGAAGAAGGCUCACUUACACCACUACCUGCACGUAGACGGCAUGGAGCAGAACGCCUUCUCUGAGGCGCUGUCCUCUCUCAGUGCACUGAUUGAGGAGUAUCAUCAUCUGGACGCCACAAAAGCCCGACUCAUACCGGACGCACCCAGACUCUCCAUCGCCAGAUGAAGAUCCACUCGGACAUUUCUCAAAAUCCUUCCCUAUAAAAACACACACACCUUUUGUAAUUUUGCUAUAUUUAAUUUAUGAUGUGAAUAAAGUCAAAUUUUCUGUUGGACUUUAAAAGAACAUGUGAGGUUGAGUGUGACUCGGUGAGUAUUGGCAGCGUUUUAAGGAUCAGUGACUCCUAUUGGCUAAUCUGAACGGGUCCACAGCUGGAUGUGAGGAAGGAUCUCCUGAUGUUCUGGUCUGAAUGGAUAGAAAAAUAUCAUUUUUAAUUCUCUCAUUUUUUUACUUUGGACUUUGCUUAAAACUACAUUUCUGCGCUUCCGUUACUUUCUUCAUUUUAAUAUUUUGCUUGUUUGUUGUUUUUUUUUUUUAUAAAACCAGAAAUAUAUUUUUCUACACCAAAUGUUAUAUUUCAAAUUCAUGCAAAACCAAUUGUUUUUAUAUAGUUUUUACUGUAUAAAGAGAAAGUUAAUAUGUUAGGCCUACGUAUCAUUAUAAAGUUCCAAA